CUAAUUGUCUACUACUGGCUUGCUGCAUAGGCAGUACAGUAGUAGGCACCUGAUUAGCUGUCUAAUAGUAGCAAAGGAUGGUUAACCAAACCACAUGUUUCACACGAUUUUCAAUGAGAAGGUUAAGCGCUGCUGGCAAAGGCAAUUAAGAGAACCUCGAAUGAAUGAAGUGCUAAAGAGACUGCUAGCUCGUUAACCACCGCUCUGUUAACAUUGUGCUAUAUCAAAUCCGACAUAGCAUCAUUAUAAAUUUAAUUCACAGAGAAACUAGUUUCAGUAUGCAUUCACCAAACCAGACUCCGACAAUUUGCUUGCUGUCUAAUCGUUCCGGCGCCUGAUAGUUACCACGACAGUUUGACGUACACACAGACACAUAUGUCAAAAUAUGGAAAUGGAACGAUAAUCCUUUCAGUGAAAUACAGAACGGCUGGCAACCCUAAUUGAUGCAACGUUGCAUCAUAUGAAAUAAUUGUAACAUUCGGGCAAUUUGUGGGGUAUUUGUUUUGUGAGGAGGAAAUGGUCUUCAUAAGACCAUAAGCUAAUUGAACUAGUAAUAUCAACCAUGUGUAGCUAACUAGUGGUUAUGUGAUUACUGAUUGUUUUCUGGAAGAUUUUCCAGAAAAACAAACAUUUCACGCUAGCUAGCAACUUACCCAGACGAAGUCAUUUUAAUGCGGCAACGCGUGACAGGUGGUCAGGUUGCCACGCAGUUUCCUUGUUGUAGAUUGAUAUUUCAUUGUAACGUGUGUCCCCCCCAAAAAAAAGUAUAGGUCACAUUCAGCAUAAGACAACACGAAGUGUUUUGAAAACCUCAAGUAGGCUCAAAUUAAUCGGCCAGGUCCAUCAAUCGAACCACCUUUAGUUGCCACUAUACUAUCAUCUAUACAAAAAACAGGGAAACUGGGUUUUCAAUCGCCUCUUCCAGAAACAUGAGGGCUGCAAAGGACAUGCAGAACUACAGAAGAGGAUAUCCUAAUCUAACAGAUGAUGACGUCUCCGAUGAGAAAAUGAUCAAUUUAAACUUCUAUCUAAAUAAAUUCCCCUCCUCCCCUGAUGAAAUAUAUAUUGAAUCAUUUCAUAAAGAAUGGAAGACCGACUACAAAAGGUUGGAAAGAGUUCAUUCCUACAUUCAAUGGUUGUUUCCUCUGCGGGAGCCAGGGGUGAACUACAUGGCCUCUGAGCUCACCAAGAAGGAGAUCCUGGCUUUCAGGGAGAGUGAAGAAGCCAAGAAGAGGCUGGUGGAGUCCUAUGAGCUGAUGCUGGGGUUCUAUGGCAUCCAACUAGUAAACAAAGAAACAGGCGAAGUGAAACGCGCUGAUAACUGGAGAGAACGUUUUGCCAACCUUGAAAAAAACAUGCAUAACAACCUUCGCAUCACCCGCAUCCUGAAGAGCUUGGGGGAGCUGGGUUUUGAGCACUAUCAGAGCCCACUGGUGCACUUCUUCCUGGAGGAGACGCUGGUCAAAAGGACCCUGAGCAGCGUCAAGCGCAGCGUGCUCGACUAUUUCCUUUUUGCUGUGCGUGACAAGAAGGAUCGCCGAGGGCUUCUUCGCUACGCCUUCCAACACUUUGAGCCUAAGGACAAGUUUGUAUGGUGCCCCAGGAAAAUGCUUAAACAGCUGGCGAAACCGGAGAAGGCGAACGGAGAGGGAUCGGAAGAUGUCCGCCCCAUACUGGCCAAGGCUAGAGAAGAAGAGCCAGCGGGAACCCAGAAAGAAAAGACGCCGGACAGUGAUGAGCAUGCAGAGGGCUCCACUGUUGGGCCGGUGGACUCUGAGCAACCCAAGAAUGGCAAUGCUAACGAUACUGAUGUAGACAUGGACGAUUCAGGCAAAAGAGAUCCGAGUGCAGAGGAAGGUCUCCAACAGGACAGUCAAGCCAACAACAACAGCGUCAGUGACACAGUCGAAGCUGGGACCAAUGUGUCUGAAAUGGAGAGGCCAACAACCAAGAAAACAGUUGACCGGGAGGUGCCUGGCGGCGCUCCGGCAGCAGGGAAGGACACCGUCGUUUCCAACAACAGCCCAUCCAAACAGACGAGCCCAUCGGCAACGACGUCUAGCAAGUCAAAGGCAGACGAUCCCAAAAAGAUUUCACACAAGAAGGAUUUGUCCAAGAAGGGCUUACCACCGGACACUGUAGAACGAGCAGAGAAAUUCCCGCGGACUGAGUAUAGCAAUGUGGACAAGGGUGGGGAGAAAGGUGUGGAGAGAACUAGAGAAGAGCAGAUGGAUGUGGGAUCCACCCAGCCAAGUUCAGAUUAAGACAUGGGGUCAUGCUGAAUAUGUGGCGGUGAGGAACCAAGGGCAGACUGAAACGAAAACUGGUGUACACAUGGCCAAUCCCAAAUUGACCCCUAGCCACUUAAUGCCUGUCUGAAAGGAUUAGAUUGCAUGUGCAUAAGUUAUAUGGUGAUAGCUAUUCCCUGCUGACUGAUUCUUUUGGUUAGAUUGAAGGCUUGCCAUAUUAUUUACACCUGUCCAAUCGUCCCAGAAUGCCAUGAAUUCUGACUUAAGUUAGGGGGCUUUGUGGGCAGAGCCUUAAAAAAUGGGCUAAUUUGAGUUUUAAGGCCUUACUGUACCUACAUGUACUGUCCUCCAUGUUCACAUUAGUGUGGGUAUGUUGUUUAUGUUGGAUGUAUGUGUUGCUGAAUGUAUUUGUUUACAUCUGAAAGUGUUGGGGAAGGGUUUCUGGUUAUGGCCUGAGUCCGUUCUCACUGGUGGAUCCUGCAAUUACUAGUUGGGAGCUUUAAAGUUAGAAGAUUAAUAGGGAUAGUAUAUCAUUUAAGUUAACAAUGUAUGUUUUUUGUUUGAAUGCUAUGGAAAUAUUCCUGCUUGUUACAUCCUUUUGUUUAUUUACCACUCCAUUUAAAAACUGUGAAUAAGGUUGUUUUGCACUGGAAUUAAAACGUUUUGAAGUAUCUAGCUCAAUGUGUCCAUGUUCAGACUACAUUUUGUAGUAUAUUUCCCUGAAUGUCACCAAAAUGAAAUGAGAGUUCGUUUAAUUUAAGAAAAUUGUUACUUAUUUUAGGUUUCAAUGACAAUCUAUAGAUGAUGAAAUUAAAGAUAAAAUAAAAAGAGCAUUUGAAUGCUUAAUUGCAUUGUGCAUUCACAGUAUUGGCACAAAAUGUGAUGUCGUUUUUUGGUUUGAUUAGAUUUACUUAUUUUUGUUUUGAUGUUUUUGGGUGAAAUUUGUGAUCAAUAGAAUGUGGGUGUUCUUUCCUUAGGUUGUGAGCAGGGAGGAGCAUAGUUAUUUAUUGAUUGAAGUCUUUUUUUUUUUUAAUGGUUACUCAAACACCCCAUCUUCUAAUUUAUUGUAACACAAGUCUCAGGAAAAAUCCUGUGGGAAAUGGUCAACCAUGGUCAGCUCUGAGGUUCUCUGGGUCAUCUUUGUGUUUUUACCCGCGGGGAUGUUGUCACGCUGUUUAAAUUUUUUUUGCCGAUUAACGACUAUAAAUUAUACAUGUUUUAAAAGGAUUGUAAAUUGAUAUAGGCUAUUCCACUUUUUGGUGGGGUGAUGAACUGAAUUAGAAAACCUUUUGUUCACGCAACCUUCGAACGCAGACCUUUUAAAUGACAAUAAAAUUAAGAUUGUGCAAGCUA